AUGGCAGACCCCAACGCCCAAUCGAACGAGCAACAGGACAAGAGAGACACACCUUUGGGCUUGCCCGAGCCACCUGCUGGCGGUAUCCAACUGGAUGUCGGAUCUGGCGAAGGCGUAGCUCUUGAUCACCUUGGCCCUAUGGUUGUCAACAAGGACGGCACCAUCUCUAGAAUCACCAACUGGGACAAAAUGGCCGAAAUUGAGAAGAAGAACACCUUGAGGAUAUUGCANAAGAGGAACAAGCAGCGCCUGGAUGCUCUCAAGCAAGCCAACCAGGAGGCUUCAGAAGAUGCGUCCAAGUCAUGA